UCUCGUUACGUCAUAACUAUGAGACGCCCGGCACACGAAUUUCCGUUGACGGAUUUAAAUGUUUGGGGCACACCUCCUCGAAAGGGACGCAGAGACGCUUACUGGUCGUUAGGCAGGACCUGCAAAAACUCCAGUUAUGUCCUCGGCCAAGGAGGAUGCGUUAUCCCCAGAUGAGCUGAGAAAGAGACUCUAUCAAACUUUUAAAAAUAAAGGAGUGCUCGAUACACUCAAAACACAGCUGCGGAAUCAGCUCAUCCAGGAGUUAAAACACCCUCCUUUGACUGGUGGAGAUCCAGUUCCCAGACAAGUGCCUGUCAGAUCUGAGCCCCAUUUGGUCUCAGCCUGUAACAGCAUAGUGGCUGAUCAUCUCAGCACCUCUGGGUAUGAGUACACCCUCUCUGUAUUCUACCCUGAAAGUGGCCUAUGCAAAGACAAGGUGUCAGGGAAAGGAGACCUUCUGCAGCUUCUUAGAAUUAGUCCUCAAUCAGCCCUUUACAGAUCCCUGUCCUCAAACAAAGAUGACAAAGCAGGGUUCCUGAUCAGCCUGCUAACACAGCUAACCCACCAUCAUACUCACGGCUUGUGGCGGGAUGCUGACACUCAGACAACCAGCAUGGCAAAUUAUGGAGAGUCUCUCGUUGAGAAGAUGAAAAUGAUUGAUAAGGAAUACGAGAACUUUAAUUACAGUGGGGACAGGUAUUUUUCAUUCCAAUCCAAACUGGCUGAAUAUAGAAAAGAAAUCGAGGCACAGGUGCAAGCGGAAAUGGACACAAAGAUGGAACAUUUUAAAGAUGUUGAAAUCGCCAAGGUGAGGAUGGAAGAAAAAGCAAAAUUUCAUAAGGAAUUCGACAAGCUGAAGCAAGAGCUGGAGAGGACUUAUGAAACGAAGGCAAGGGCGUUGAUGGACCGGGAGAAGAAUGCCAUUGAACGAUUACAAAAACAACAAGAGAUUGAAGAAAAAAACGUGUAUAUGCAGAGACAGUCGGUCCUGAAAGAAAUUGAAACGCUGCGGAACAGAGAGAAUGAGCUGCGGAUGAGAAUGGAGGCUUUUGAAAAGACUUGUCAAAUUCACGAGGAGAAGGUCAAGACCAGUGAAGAUCUGCUGAGGAGGAGAGAACUGGCAGUGAAGACUAUGGAGGACACGUAUGACCAGAGGCUGAAGAAUGAACUUUCCAGGUAUCAGCUCGAGUUGAAGGAGGAGUUCAUCAAGAGAACAGAGAAACUGACAGAGAACGAGAACAGAAACAAGAUGGAAACUGCUCGCAUCCAAAAAGAGUCAGCUGUAAUUGAUGGGAAAUUAGAGGAGCACAGCAGAGCAUGUUCAGAGCUGAGACGACUGAAGGUUGAGCUUGAGACAGCGCAGCAGCAGAUUUCUCUGCUGACUCAACAGAAGGAGCAGUUGAGGGAAAGACUGGAGAACAUGAGUGACUACCCUGGCUUGAAAAGAGAGAGAGCAGAGCUGCAGGGACAGCUGCGGCUGCUAAAGACACAGCUGGAGGAGGCCCAAGAGGAGAACCGGCUUCUCCAUGCAGAUUUGGGCAAGCCGUCCAAAGAGCAGCUGGCCUUGCAGACGGAGCUACGGAGGCUGCAGAGCGUCCGCAGGCAGGAUGAGGAAGAGUUUGACAACCAGAAACAGGUGCUGCAGGCACAGCUCCAGAGUGAGGUGGAGCGGUGCGCUCGGCUCAGCGCUCAGUUGAUAGAGUGUGAGGAGAAGUCACAGUGGACGAUGAACCACAUGGAGGACAUUAAGAUGCAGCUUCGUCAAACCCAGCAAGCUCUUGAAAAUGAAGUGCUGCGCAACCCCAAGCCCUCUCUUGUCGAUCGCUCAGUGCUGGAGCUGAGCGCUGACAAGCUGGUUCCCCCUGACAUCUAUGUGGACAGAGCUCUGCUGAGGGCCAGGGUGGGUUAUGAUGAUGUUUGUCAAGCAGGUGGGCCCGUGCUAGGACACAAGCCGCCCUGGAGCGACUCUCCGGACUCCGACAUGGAGCUGGUGGCUGAGGCCAAGGCUCGGAUCCAAAAGCUGGAGAGGGAGGCUGAGACCUUGGAGGAAGCCUACAGGAACUACCAGCAGAGGGCAGCACGCUCCACCUUUUCACACAUGCUUCCCCCGAGAGCUCUUUCCCCACAACGAGCACAUCCCUUACAUCGCCCUGACUCUCCUCUGAGGAAACGGAUCUCUCAGCACUCCCCCCACAAAUCAAAGGUCUCACACAGACCGCUGUCUCCACAAACUACUAGAACACCCUCCUCAGCACCUUUUGACUCUGGAAACACCGUAUUACCUGCACACCACAAAGUGACCUUCUCAGAAGAGCAGCCCCAGUCCACAGUUUUCCCUGACCACAGUCUCCAUUCACUGACUGAACCUCUGUUUCUAAGAGAUGGAAGCGGCCCUCCGUCCAGACGUCUGUCCUCCACACCGCACUCCUCUUCCAGGAAAAAGCCUCAAAGAGAGAUUUCAGAAGAAGCGGUUGCUUCUCCGACGGCCUUCCCGGAGCUCUCGCCUGACAGACAGCUCCCUCCUGCCCCCCAGGACGAGGUGGCGACCUCAGGUGACGUCUCCUCUGAGCUCAGUCCACCUCAGAGUCCUCAGCUCAAGAGCACAGCACGAGACCAGUCCAGUCCACCGCAGCUGCAGCCUGUGGUCUCCAGUUUGGAGUCUUCCCCACAGCCGGAGAAAAUAAGCCUGGAAGAUCUCACAGGGAUGUUGUCAGAGCCCGGCCACAUUCCAGAGCUUCUCCUGGACACUGCCGUCCCUCUCUCUGAGGAGGCCCCUGACGGCCCCGCUGUCCCCCGCCCACCAGACCUCCCAGAAGACCCGGUGGACUUGCAGGGCCAAGCGGUCACACAAACCUCAGGUGAGGCUGCCAGGAAUGAAGAUGAGGAAGAGGAUGAGGAGCAGAGGUGGGAAAGAGAGCGAAAGGAAAGACAAGAACGAAGGCAGAGAGAGCAAGACGAAGCCAGGGAGAGGGAGCUGCAAGAACUUGAAAGACUGGAGAAAGAGAUGAGUUUGCAAGAUGCGGAGAAACCAGGGCGGGAGGAAGAAGACGACGAAGAAGGCGGUGUAAUUAAGAAACAAGGAGAUGAGGAGCAGAAGCAAGAGGCGGGUAACGACCGGGAGGAGUCUAAAGGUGAAAAUCCACUGGAGAAAUACAUGAAGAUGGUCCUGGAAGCAAGAGAAAAGCAGCAUGCACAGACUCCUGGGAGAGAAGAAGCAGGACACACAAGCCCAGAGGCCAAGAGUUUGUCUGAUGAGAAAGACCACAGCAUCGCAGCAUAUUCACCCAAGGAUGAAGACGAUGAUUUCUGGUGAGCUGGUCGUCCCAGAGUGCGAACGUGAACUGAUGAAUUUUACAAGCCUCUGUGGUUUCCCACUGUUUUAAACAAGUGAGGAGCGUUUGUUGUUUAUGUUUUAAGACUUUACUUAUGAGCGUGCAUAUUUGACACAAUUUUUGUAUCAAUAAAUCACAUUGUAUUGUUUUUA